AUGAACUCUAAGGUGGAAAGGAACCUUUUCGAAACGCUCUAGCAUAACACGCUUGAAUUCCUCAAAAUCUUCAAUGUCUAUGAUUCGUCUAUCUUUUCGGACGAAUUCUCGGGCUAUUCCCGUAAGUCUAAGCUUUGCCAAUGACAACAUUUGCAUUUUUGUCCAUCCUGACAAUUUUGCUACAUCUACCAACGAGUCAAAAAAUUCACUAAUGCGGGGACCUUCUGCUUGUCCUGAGAAUGCAGGCAGUAACGGAACCAAACUACCUAAUCCUCCUAAAGUUGCGCGAGGAUUUUUGCCUUCCAUUUCUAUGCGUCUAUUCUAGUUCUACUAUGCUACUAUGCUUAAAAUUUUUAAAAACCUGUUUAUGGCGAACAAAACUUGUCUGAGCUGAACCUGUCUAAAACUGACCAACCUGUCAAAAGCCUGGAAGUCGGCUUCACCCCACUCCUGACACCAGUGUGAGAUAGGCAGCGGGCCACGGGUUAAUCCCACAAUGACCACUUACUCUGCACAGGCUCGUGAAGCCCGAUCUCGGCGUCGUUGGAUGGCUAGGAGGGCAGUUCGAGUGGGGAGGGAGGUGAGCAAGUUGAUAGGCGUCCUUAAAUGACAGGAAACAGGUUUAAAACUAAACGAGCAUUUAUUAUAUACUCAACUAAGCACUACAAGAGGUUAAAAGCGGUUAUCUCUACUAUUUACAUAAAUUCGAGCACGAAUUUUCGAGUUCGAGAGAGAGCGCUUACAAAUCCUAUAUACCCCAAAAUACCUGUCGGUGGCAGGGCGAAUUGGCGAAUGUUCAGGGUGUGGUGUCUUCCGUGUCUUCUAUUCGAGAUCCUCUCUCUAUAGCAGGAUCGGGUCCGCUGAAUGGAGGCUCGGGAGUUUCGGUGACACUAUUACUAAGUAUAACUUCCUAUGACGAAUCGCGCUGAGGUUACGGAGAUUCGAGCUUUUAUACUUUUUCGUGCGAGAGCUGACACGUCAUCGAUUCUUGUUGACGAUGACGGUGCAUUUUUCACACCUAACUGUAAACUUCCUCAGCGAGUUGUGAUACAAUUGGUGAAAUCCGAUCUAGUACAAAAUCUUGGGGUUUUUUUCCAAAGUUAAUUAACAAGAAAAUUUAAAUUUUUUUUUAAAAGACCCGCAAAAAUCCGCUGGCUCACAGAUACCAGGAAAGAAUUCUCUGAGGAAAUUCAGUUUUAAACAUGCAUUUUACUAAAUUAAAAUAUGUACUGCAUGCAAUAUUAACAUGUGAAACUUGAAAGACUUUUUGUAGACUCGUACAUCAUUUUACUAAAUCAAACACUAAUCUAUUAAAAAUAUUAAAACAUAAGCUUUAUUAUUCCAUAUUCCUCAUAAAAUAAAAAGGUAGAUAAUCUGUGAGCAGUUGUCUCAAAUAGAACUAUUAAAAGAAAUAGAAAAAAAAGACUGUAGACAAGAUGGGAUUUCCUAAACUGCAUAGGUAUGGAAAAUACAAAAUACAAAUAAUAGCUGCUAAACAACAAAGGUGAAUUGAUUAAUAAACAGAAUUGAAAAUAAUUUACAAUCUUUUAUUCUGAAAUUACUAUUAUUUACUAUGUUGGUGACAUCAAACAUUAAGUAUACUGAAGAUCCACUAGGGCUGUUGAAAAAUUGAUCUACCAUUCUAGGAGACUGGGGAUAUUUAUUUCCAGGAUUGGUAUGAUUAAAAGGCACUCUUAGUGUCCAAAGAUGGUACACCAGCUACAGUUUUUUCCAAAUAUAGUUGGGUAAAGUAAUUGCAGGCAGCAUCAUUGUUGAUAUUGUUAAGAAAAUUGUAGAAAUUAAGUAAAGAGUGUACAAUUUUUUCCAGUAUCAUCAGAUAGAAAUAAAAUAUUAACUUAACUAGUUUUUUACAUAACAUAAUUACAUUAAUAUUUUAUAGUUUUUUUGAUCGUCCAAUAAAUGAACCUGUAAGAUUGAAAAGGAGUAAAAUGAUUGCUAAAGUAUUUGCUCAAAAACACAUCAAUCAAGGACCUUUUUCAAUUAGUUUUCAUAGCACUCAUGACGAUCCUGUUGGAAUGAACUUUGAAUUAAACAGUAUAGCAUCACAGGAACUUUCAUCUACUUGGGCUGCAGCUUUUCCAAAAUUCAUUUCAAGGCGUGGUGCUAUAGUUGGAGGCAGCAUAAGGCAUCAUUCCUCACUUUCAGAUAUAAGUCAACAACAAUUUUCAGUCGAUUCAUAUGGAGGCAGACGUCAGUCCUUAGAUUCGCAACUCAGUGUCCAGAUCAGUGAACAAGAAUGGAUCGCACAUGCAUUGGCUCGUCAUCAACGAAGAAAAACUCGGAGAGAAAGAGAACAUUUAAUUCGCACUCGCAAUCGUAUUUUUCCAUGGAUUCCCAAUAGAAGAGGAAGCGAUACUUCUCAGCAGAGUGUCGUCACUCGGGGUAUGACUUCUGAAAAAGUAAUGAUUACCAAAGCGACUAGUACAGGUGACUUGACACAAGGAGUUCUUUUUCAUCGUCCCACAACUUCCUUAUUUAUUACUCGUCCACUUGUUCAGAAACAGACAAUUAAUCCCCCAUUCACACAUGGCAUGACAGAUAAUUCACAUAAAGGAAAUAUAAAUUCACAGACAAAAACACCAGUUGACUCUCGACGUAACAAUGUCCCUAACUCUAUAUUUCAACCAAUCGGAAUGCCACUUUAUCAUUCAACUUAUGAUGUAGCGUCAUCUCAUGUAAAUGUUUAUGGAGAUGUAUUUAUACCACAAAAACUCAGUACUUGCACUUAUCUUCCUGGCAGCAUGGGUUAUCCGGAAUAUACUUAUUUACCCAUGAGCUAUUUUGCUGACACCAAUAUUAAUUUAAAUCACGAACCUCUGAUCCCUCUUAAUCCCAUGGUGGACACAUCGAGUGAAGUCGAGUAUCUACCAAUAAGAAUCUCAGACACAUCUGAUUUUUACACGGAUGGAGAUUAUCUUUCGCCAGACGAAACUCAAAUUUUAUCUGCUCAAAGACUAGUACAGAAACAUCAAUUGACUGAAUACAUUGCACCAUUUCCUCGGGAAUUUCAACAUCCAAAUGGCGACAACUUUCGGAAUGGUCAGUCAAUAAAGAGAUCAUCAAUGAAUGUGGAAAAAAAGCCAAGCUUGCAAGACAUAGCAGAACUUUCUGAAAGGGGGUCUUCUGCUCCAAGGUCCACUUCCGUCCAUCCUAUCUCUCAAACUCCCCAUCAGUCAAAAUAGAUACUUCAUAAAACUUUAUUUAUAAUUUUGUUUUUUUUUUAAAUCUUAAUUUAUACUUGACAGUUAAUUUACAUAAUCAAAAAAUUAGAUCAAAAGUCAUACAAGUGAACUUUAGAAUUACUACUGAAUUUUUGAUGCCUUAAUUCUUUUUAACAUUUAGCAUAUUAUUAUUACAAGGGCUAUUUUUUAAAUAAGGUCCGUUUUUUAAUAAGAAGAAAAAUACUGUAAAUAUCAUUAAAAUAUUUUUUUUCCAUAUUCUACAUACUUUUAUCUACUUUUCUACAUAAUUUCCAUUUUUGUUCAAACAUUUGUCAUACCGCUCAAAAAUUUUUAAAAAUUCCAACUUCAAAGAAAUCUGCCGCUGGAAACAUUAGGCCACGCUGCUUGUCUUGUAUGGCACGGUGGAGUUUGCUCAAGGUCACAAUAAGCAUCAGAAUUGAUUGUUAGUGGACUUUAUGUCAAGACACACAACAAAGUCCCUUUCCUGUCCCAAAAGACAGUUACCAUGAUCUUUUGUGCUGAAAUCGAAUAACAGAUCGUAUCUUAGUCGGUGGGUGACUCAAUUUUCUUAAACAUUACAGACUUCUACAGUUCAGCACACAGACAGACGAUACGGCUACAAAUGGCAUCUAAACACGCGCAAAGCAUGCUGAAAGCAUAUGCUCAUGCACACUGCUGCAAUCAUGCAUCAUUCUCACUCUCAUUCACAAACAGACCUUAUUUAAAAAAUAGCCCUCAUAUAUUCAGUGCCUAAACCAGAUUUAUGUCAUUGAAUAAUUUCAUUGGAAUCACAACUGUGUAAGAAAAUAAUUUUUUUUCACAAUUACCAAAGACAAUACUUUGUUUGCAUGUACAAUUGAUACAAUAUUUUUAGACUAAAAAUUCUUAUUUUUCAAUUGUGACCAAAAUAAAUUUCGUUUGACAAUCAAAGAACAAUACAUGUAAUAAUAAGUACAUUAACUAUAGAAUACUCCAGAUCAACCUGUAGUGGGACUCAUUCCCAAAACUUGUACUAACCAUGCAGAUGCAUUACCACUUAUUUUUGCUAGUUUUUAACUUGAAACAAGUAAAAGCCAGAUUUCUUCAGGCUAUAUUUGGUUAAAAAGUUUGGACUUUACCAUUAUAUGUAUUGGGUUCCAUAUUUCAAUCAAUUUUGAUCUUCUGCACACCAAGGUCAACUUAUAUUGCAAGCAUAACCUAAAAAUCUCGAGAUUGCCAUAAAUUUCGGCAUUAAGAAUUUAAAAACCAAUCAGAAUCAAAUUAUUUUUAAAUAGAUAUUUUGGAUGCAGUUUUAACAAGCCAUUUAACUAAUACAUCAAAUUAUUAAUAAAUAAGAUUUUUAUUAUUUUUUCAAUUAUCAGAUUUUUGUUACAGACCUUUUUGAGUUGCACUUUUGUUCAUUUAAAUUACAAGUGGAAACCAUUUGUUCUGUUUGAUAACAAACUUACAUUUUAAAAUAUUCUAAACAUUUAAGUUUGGAUUGUUACUAACUCAUAAAGUCCAUCUUAUAAACAAAGCAUUGACAAAUAUACGGAACAGAAUGGAAUCACACCACAAAAGAUUUUCUCUAAUAGAACUCCACCUGAAGAAGGACCUAAGGUGGACUGAAAACAUUCAUGGUAUAUUAAAAAUAUUUGAAAAGCUUCAUAAAGUUAAUGUGAUAUAUAUAUUUGUUACUAACUAUCUGAAAUUCUUUUGAAGUUUUCAUAUUUGACAAAAAAUUAUCAUCCUGUUUAUUAUUAUGCCAAAAUUAUAGGAUUCAGAUUAAAUAUAAUCUCUCUCACACAUUGGCAUUAAAGAGGUUUAAAAUGAUCUGAUACUUGAUAAUAUUGUAAGAUAUAUCUGAAAAUGCUGUCGCUGCACAAGCAGUGUGAUGAUGAUUUUGUCGUCAUCAUAAUGAAAUUUCAAUUAUUAUUUGCAUAAAUGAAUAUAAUAAUAGGUUUUUUAAUAUGAUUAUCAUUAUUAUAUAGAUAGAGAACAUCAGCAUAUUAAAAUUUUUAACAUAAGCAAAUGUCAGAACAUUAUUUAUAAACAGGAGAGAGAAAAAGCAUGGAAAAUUUAUUUACUUAACAAAGUCUAGUCUAUAGUUUACAAAUCUGUUAGGUAGAAUGGUUGCAAAUAAUUAACAUCCAUUUAUACAUUCAAUUUUUUAAAAGUUAAAUUAGUUUAUGCAAAAUCAAACCGGGGCAGCAAUACUAGCUUUUGCAGAAAAUUUAUUGCAUAUUUUACUUACUUGAUAGAAAAUUUAAUUUCAAGUAAGGAAAAAGUCUCACUUUAUAAUUUGUUUGCUAAAAAUUACACACACGUUGCAUAGCUUGCACCAGAAUUACUGACAAAAUUUUCCAACCUGUUUUCAAAUUCUACAAAAAUUUAAUCAUCAUUUUCAUAUCAAAAACUUUUUGUUUUGUUUGUAAUUCAAUCAGACACUCUCAUUGCAUGCAUUUGCCACUAAAUAUCGAGAGAAAAAAUUCCAACCCUUCAUAAUUACAGAUUUUGUAAGGUAUCAAUCAUAACUUCAUUCCAAUUUUUUAAAAAAAGCAUUUACUUAAACAGUAUUACAAAAUUCAAAUUGUCUUAUUUGGUUUUAUCAUCAUCAAAUACAUAAAAAAUUAUGAAGUCUAUACAAAAUUUUUAUAUGUACUUUAUGCAAUUUGUUAUGAUAAAAAGAAUGUUACAAUACUUUAUGUAUAUAUUCAAGUAAAAAUAUAUUUUGUAUUGUUGCUUAUUAUUGUAAUAUUUCAAAAUUAAUGUGUAGUAAUGGCUGGAUAAAUUUUUAUAUUAAUUGUAUUUUGCAAAACAGUUGAAAGUAAUAAAUUGAAAAUAACAUUUCUACAAGAAUUAGUUGAAAACUUUUUUUUUAACAGAACUUUUGCAACUAUUCUAAAAUGAAAAAUUAAAAUUUGAAUCUAAGAUUAAUGUGGGUCACCGGAGGUACAACUUCAUCCUACCUCUUUUAGUCUGCAACAGUUUGGUGAAACUGCCCACUUGUCAGUGGAUGGCUUGUCUAUUUUUUUCUAUCCCGAAGGGUCAGGAUUCUUUUUGUCAGGUCGAGUGGAGGAGAUGAGAGGGGUUGGCAAUAAACGAGUAAAGGACACAAUUUAACAACAAAACAAAAAUUUUAUUAGACAACAACUUAGAUAACAUACCUAACAUCGAGAUUCUAUCAACCUUACCUGCAGAUAUGGGUGGGUGCACGCUGAGAGAGAGUUUACAAUAUGCGUUUCAUACCUCUAGGGUCGCUUGUACUGAAUCGACGUAACUUAGAUUGGGAGAGAUUCGUCUGGAGCUAUCUGCGAGUUGGGUUCAAACUCGUCAUCCUUUCUUACCGUCUACACUCUCAGGAACAAAUCUUCUUUCUGGCCUUUGACUCCCCCUUUGUCCCGGUGUUCGAUCUAUUUAUCUCCUUGAUCAUGUUAUCAUUUUUCGCUAAUCACGAAUUUUUUCGUUUAUUUCCUCGUGACUCAUUUACGAGUUCUGGAGAAAAAGGAAGUAUGUUCAUCCUCUGGUACAAAUUUGACAAUAUUUUGAAAGAGGAGAAAAAAAUGGAAGAUUUUUUUUCAUUUCUAUUCAUCCCAACCCUCACAUUAAGCAGUCUGUUGAGUUGUUAGUACCCUGAUCAGUAAUGAUGAGUACAACAUCAAAAUCAAUUUCUUCUAACUUUUUAAUGUAACUGUAAAGUAGUACUUUGAUUUUUUCAGCUGGCAUAGAUGAAUGAGUUAAAGCCAAUGGUUUGCUUAAAAUUGUUAUUUAUUUCCCUGAUGACAAAUGAUGGUGAUAUGGGAAUCAACAUAGUUGUAAAGUCAACGCUAUAGCAUUUUUGAUAUCAUGCUUUAAAGUUAUUUUUAGUGCAACUUAUUCAUGCACAAAGCAACAAUUUUGAUUCAGGCACCAUUAGUUGAAUUUUGUGUUUAAAUAUAUCAAACAGCUCAUUGUAAAAACCUGGCUGAACAGAAAUAUUUUGUUUGUUGCUGCAAGGUACUUCUGGCAGGUAGUGAAAAUAUCUCUCACUUAAAACAAUAACUUUCUGGAAUUUGAAAGUAUAAAGCUAAAGGAAAAUUAAGCAUUUCUUUUGUCCACAAGUUUAUUGUGAUCUCCUAGCUCUAUUUGUAUUGAUAAAAAUAUUUUUAGAUUCCCAGCAUGAGAAGUUUUGUGAUAUGUAUUUUGUUAGUUGCUCCUUAUCAAUUAAUUGUUUUUAGGUACAGAUGCUUUAGCUUUGCUAAUUGUUUCUGCAGCUGGGAAAUUUUCUUUGAUUUUCAAUUUCAGUUAACAAUUCUUCUGCAUUAAUGUUACUUUUCCUGGAGACAUUGAGGAACCUGGGGUUACACUGUUCAUAUGUUUAGUCAUGAUUGUUUCAGGAGUUGCUGAUGUUGUGCUGAAGCUGGGAACUGUUGCACCUACUGUGAAUUCUGUAUAAGUUUCCAGCCCAACAAACUGAAUUGCAACUGAGCUAGAAGGUCUAAUAACUGUUGAAGAGGGUAGAACUAGAAUACAAUCAUUAUAUUUCAUAUACAUAAGAGAU